AUGUCGACCUAUAUGAAAGCAGCGGUUUUAUCCACUAUUGGAGGCCCCGAGGGCUUCAAAUGUUUAGACGACAUACCGAUUCCAGAGCUGCAAGAAGGCACAGUCAUAGUCAAAAACAGCAUUUCCAGCAUUAACUAUGCUGAUGUUUAUUUCCGUACUGGGAUUUACCCCAGUGCCCGGCAUACGGAUCUGAUCCUAGGCCAAGAAGCGGCCGGGGUUAUUGUGGCCGCCCCUGUCGACGAACCUCUCGGUCUCAAAAAGGGCGACCGGGUCGUCUGGAUUGCACAGGGCUCAUAUGCGCAAUAUACGUGCGUUCCAACAUCCCAAAUUAUCAAAAUUCCACCGGGGGUCCAAGAUGAAGACGCAGCUGGUGUUUUUCUAACUGGAAUGACCGCACUGACCCUCAUUGGCGAAGCCUUUCCGGCCAAAGCCGGGGACUGGGCUCUCGUUCAUGCGGCAGCGGGCGGCGUUGGAUUGCUCCUCUGUCAAGCGCUCAAAGACCUGGGUGUCGUGGUGAUCGGAACCGCCGGUGGUCCGGAAAAGUGCCAGCUGGCGCUUCAGAAUGGAGCGUCCCAUGUGAUUGAUUAUCGGGCGGAGCAAGACUGGCCAAAGAAGGUCCAUGAACUGACAGGUGGUCGGGGUGUCGAUGUUGCCUACGAUGGCGUUGGCAAAGACACAUGGGAAGGUACUCUUCAGACUAUUGGACUUUUUGGAAAGGCAGUCUUCAUCGGCAAUGCAAGUGGCGCUGUGCCUCCAAUCGGUCUCGAGAAACUGACCUCAAAGAACAUUUCUAUUAUGAGACCAACUCUCCGAAACUACAUCUCCACAAGAGAACGUUUGGAGAGAUAUGGAAAUAAAGCUCUCAAGAUGAUUCAAGAAGGCAAAUGGAAAAUACUCAAGCAUGACCGGUAUUAUUCUCUGGAAGAAAUUGAACAAGCCCAUCGGGAUUUGGAAAAUCGGGCGACAAAAGGGAAGCUUUUGAUCAGACUCUAG